GUGAGCGUGUGCUCGGUGAACGACUAUUCACUGUGUAUAUUAUUAUCGUUGCACUUGUACAAUAAUAUAGCAAUAAUAUCGCCGGUGGCCGUGCGAUCCGGUUGCUGUUCCUGAACCGUCGAGGGAUCCGCCCCCAGCGUCAGGGCGGACGAUUACCGCGCGGUUACCUGUAUAUAUAACGGAGACCGCGCACCGGUUUUCGGGUAAACGGUUCGAGCCGGUCGCAGUGUACGCAUCGCGGUGUACUCGUCAUUAUCACCAUCGCGUUGUUGUCGACGGCGUAAAAACGGUGCGAUCCGAUCGGACGUCAUGUUGAGAACCCCAGACAUCGCGUAUCAGUUGCAACACUAUUGCGACGCGUUCGACGACCCAUUCGGCGGAGCCGCCGCGAGUCUGCAGUGGUACGACGACAGUGGUUACGGUUGCGCGGCCGCCGUCGCGGAGGAACAGUCGGCUGAUCGUCGGUCGACGGCGUCGGCGAGCGGAGGUAGCGAUAAGAGUUUCGGCGGCGUCAGCGUCGGCGGCGGCGGUGCGAUGGUCGACGCGGCGGGUAGCAGGAAGCGCCGACGGUUGGCGGCGAACGCGCGCGAGAGGCGCCGCAUGAACGGCUUGAACGAAGCGUUCGACCGGCUCCGGGGCGUCGUGCCGGCCGCCGACGACGAGCGCAAGCUGUCCAAAUACGAAACGCUCCAGAUGGCCCAGACUUAUAUCUUGGCCCUACACGAACAGCUCGGCAGGACGUCCUCGGCGGCCGACGGCGGCAGCAGAACCGCGGCCGGUCCCUCGUCCACAGCGGCCAAGCGUACGUGUUACGCUGAUUUCGGCUCGCCGCCGCCGCUGUGGCCGCAGCAACAGCAGUUAGUGGACAACGACGACGAUGACGGCACAACGGCGGUACGACGACAGUACGUUUCGGGCCACCAGUGGAGGCACAGUUUCAAUAAAAAAUCUGGUAGUGCUGAAGCCUCUUAUUUUUCCGGUUAGUCCAAAAACGACGCGAGGGUGCUGUUUUCAAAACUGGGGGUGCUAAUCGCUCCCAAGUCACUCAAAUUGCGCCCGUGCGGGUCACUAUCGUCGGUUUUUCCCAAACUUAUUACUUACUUGUAUGUAUAUUAUAUUAUAUAGUUUAACAUAAUUUGAUCCACUUGAUUUUGUACACUGUUUUACUCGUUUUUAAAGGCUUAAAUCGAAUGUUUUCCUGUACACAACGUUUUAGUAUAAUAUAAAUAUAUUUUUUUUUGUACCCGUCACAUGUUAUUAUUACGGUUUUAGUCGAUUCGAUUCGUUUCCAAAUACCACUCUAUCACUCGUUCCCGUUGUAUUAUAUUAUUAACUUUUAUUAAAAAAAAAAAAAAUGCAUGGCGUAGGCACAUCUUCAAAUAUUUUUCCUUCAAUCCGUCCAUAGAUGAUGUCACGAUAGAUACGUCUUUGCAAAACUCUGAUUUAAUCAAAUACGGCGUAUGCGUGUGCGCAAUUACACACCUGUAGUACAAAUGCAGUCUUUAGGUAGAAUUUAGAGUGACACUAUUUCAUGUUUUACGACAAAAGAGAUCACACCUGUUUUUAUGUUUCACAUUUUACAAAAAAAAAGAAAAACGUUCACAAUCUUUUUUAUAUUUUAUAUUAUUUCAAAUGGGCCGGGGGUGGGUGUCCUUGUGAACGGAUUUCGAUGUGCUACAAAAAUAAAUAUAUAUAUUUAUUGAAGUCUAUAUUAUAAUAGUUUAUAAGCGUUAAUAUAAAGUUAGACUAUAUUAAAACCUUGGAUUUUCCUCUAUUCAUCCAGGCCAUAAAUUCGUACAAAGCUAAUAAUAUGCCGGCGUUAUUGAACUUGCUCGAUAGCAAUAAUGUAUUAUAAUAUGUGUUUUUGUAAUGUUUAAAUCAUAAUUGUUUUUUGAAAAAUGUAAUUUAAACUGGGAAAAUGAGUAUGAAAAAAAAUAUAAUGUACUGUAUUAUAAUAACAAUAGAUAAAUAUUAUUUACAAUUAAAAAACUCAACCGGGAACUAAAAAUUAGGAUCGAGAAAAUACCUACAUGUAUUGCUAUUAUUCUAUUAUAGCAGAUGUCGAGUUUCGCAUUUUUAAAUGCGUCUCAUUUUUUAUACAUUUUAUUUUCGCCAAUAAUAUUAUGAGUUAUUACAUAAAUAAGCGUUAAUAUUAAUAUUUUUUUUUUUUUGUUUUGUUUAGAAUAAGACGCACUUUGCGUGAACUAAAUAAUGUAUUGAUAAUUGUUUUUUUUUUCACAUAAAAUAUUGUCAAUAUCUUGUAAAAUACACACAUUUU